AUGGACGGUUCGUCAGCCUUAAGAUCAUGUACCCACAACAGCGAUCCCAGACGGCAGGUUCCGGGGGACAAUACUCGCUUAAGCAACCAAUUACACCCCCGGCCUGAAGUGACAAGCCGGAAGCCGGCAAAAACGUUUGCAGACUUACCCGCGGAGUUGCGGGAGAUGAUAUGGGAAUACGCUCUUCCCGAUACGCGUGUCUUCAACGCGCUAGUGUACGCCUCGAAGGGGCUCAAGAUGUUAUUGAUCGAUAGGAGUCACCUGCGCAUGCCGCUCGCGCAUGUGUGCUUUGAGUCGCGGCAGCUUGUACAGAAGGCUGGAUACGUGCUUGCUUUCCGCGACGAGGACGAGCCUGAUGAUCCGGGGGUGUGGUUUCACCCGCGACGAGAUGUUAUCGAGAGAACGAUAUGGGGUCCUUGCGAGUUUUGGGGCUGGAAGUGA